CUGGUGCUGCGUUGCGGAGUUGGGACCACCAGGAUGGAUACGACGGAGUGCUGCCGAGACUUCGUGACCACUCCGACGAUGAGCGGCAAGUGCUACACUUACUUCGCCGCUGCUAACCACACCCAGGCUAUGGAGGGGGAGUACCUCGGGGUGUCCCUCUAUAUCAACGUUACCCAGGACGAUCACCCAAACAUCGAUCCAAACAUCCUGGACGUGUCUCAGAUGGUGAAGACGGGUCUUCAGAUGACGCUAGUGAGCAACCACACUCAUCCCUCCUUCUUGGCUGUGGGCCAGGGCGUCUCCCUCCUCCCGAAGGUCUACACCGCCGUCGAUGUCUCUCUCACUGUGGUGAAGGACGCGGGCAUGAAGACAAUGUUUGACUGGUCGGAGACCGAGUGUGUACCAUUAAACAAGGUCAACUACCGGCUCGACGUAGAAGCCUUCCUAAAUACUGAACCCAACUGCGACGUCGGAGCCUCGCGUUCCUGCUUCAAGGAGAUCUGCAACUGCACUAACUAUGGGCUAGAUAACUCACAGGACAGCUGGACCCCUUGCCCACUAGAUGUAAAUUUCCAGUGUUUUGGCAUACUCUUUAACACGAAGAACAUCACUCCUCCACACAAUGCCUACGGCACCAUUCUUCAAAACGAAAAGAAGUUGAACCUAACCUUAUCUGAUCAGUGUUUGGAGCAAGCAAAACAUAGAUGCCGGCGCCCGUGUUCCCGUUACGACUACACGUACACGAGCACCCACCUGCCGAUACAGGAAUAUCUCUACAAGGACCUGCAGGACCAGUUCUCUCUCCAAAAUGGGAGUGACGUGUCUGUGGCCGUGGCAUUCUUCCCUAAUCUGCGCUACACGGAGAUCAAGACAUGGCGUAAAGAUAUAGAAGAGUUUAUGAGUGAGCUGGGAGGUUACACGGGUGUGUUCCUCGGCUGCUCCUUCGUCACCUUAAUUGAGCUGUUCGUCUUCUUCGCCCUCAUCUUCGCUGUCUUUGUGAGGAGUAUUAAUAUGAAGCUAUGCAACGGUAUACACCCAUCCCCAUCCAAGUCCCCCUCGCACGAGAUGAAGUAACUUCUCCACCUGAAGAGAUAUUUCUAAAGCAAGCCACUAACCAUUAGAUAAAUGAGGACAAGCCAACGACCACCAGAUGCAAUCAGAACAAGUCAGCUACCCAGCAGAUGCAACAAAACAAGCCAGCUACCCAGCAGAUGCAACAAAACAAGCCAGCUGACAAACAGAUGCAACAGAACAAGCCAGCUGACAAACAGAUGCAACAGAACAAGCCAGCUGACAAACAGAUGCAACAGAACAAGCCAGCUGACAAACAGAUGCAACAGAACAAGCCAGCUGACAAACAGAUGCAACAGAACAAGCCAGCUGACAAACAGAUGCAACAGAACAAGCCAGCUGACAAACAGA